CCGGUUCAAAGUAGUAGAGCGUGCGGUUCCUGCGCCUGCCGCAUCAUCAGUUUGAACUGUGAAUCAUUGACAGGACAAACGCUAAAGAGCAAGAGAGUGUAAUCUAGAUAAUGGCUGAAAAGACUGAUCCCCCUGUCAUCCUGGGUCAUAAUUUAUGGGGAACCUUAACACAUCAUUGUGGGUCUGACCUGCAUCAUGUGGCUGAUGGGCCAGACAGAAUAUAUAUGGAUUACAACGCCACCACACCAGUGGAUCCAGAGGUGGCCAGGGUUAUUACUGAUGCUUUAACUGAUGCGUGGGGAAAUCCCAGCAGUAAUUACCUGCCAGGUCUGAAAGCCAGAGACAUCAUUUACCAUUCCAGAGACACUAUUGCCAGGAUGGUUGGUGGAAAAGCAGCAGACAUUAUUUUUACUUCAGGAGGAACUGAGGCCAAUAACCUGGUGUUUCACACGGCUCUGGAACACUUCAGAAAGAGCAAGACUUCUGCACAGGGAGACAUGAACAGCAAACAGCUAAACGGAAGUGGCUCCCUGCCCCAUAUCAUCAUCUCUGAUGUAGAGCACGACUCCAUCAGUCUCACAGCUAAACACUUGUUAAAAGAGGGCAAAGCAGAUGUCACAUCUGUGCCCGUUUCCAAGGUGACUGCACGGGUGGAGGUCGAGGAUGUCAUUGCAGCGAUUCGUCCCACCACCUGCUUGGUGUCCAUCAUGCUGGCCAAUAAUGAGACUGGCAUUAUUAUGCCAAUUAAGGAUAUUUGUCAGAGGGUGAGGGAAGUAAACAAACAGAGGGCAGCAUCAGCUCCCAGAAUCCUCCUGCACACUGAUGCAGCACAGGCUAUUGGAAAGAUACGAGUGGAUGCACAUGAGCUGGGAGUAGACUAUAUUACCAUUGUAGGACACAAGUUUUAUGGCCCUCGAAUUGGCGCUUUGUUUGUGAACGAUCCUGGAACCAAAACUCCGGUUUACCCUCUGUUUUUUGGAGGAGGACAAGAGCGCAACUUCAGACCAGGAACUGAGAACACCGCAAUGAUAGCCGGUCUGGGAAAGGCUGCAGAAUUGGUGAACCUAAAUCUAGCUGCGUAUGAAGCCCAUUUCCUGGACAUCCGAUGCUAUCUAGAGCAGAAGCUGCUUGCUGUCUUUGGAAGAGAUAAGGUUCACUUUAACAGCCAUUUUCCUGGCUCAGACAUUUUGCCCAACACAUGCAAUGUUUCCAUUUUGGGAAGGGGACUUCAGGGGCGUAGAGUGCUGUCCACCUGUAGGAGGUUGUUGGCUAGUGUGGGUGCUGCCUGCCACUCAGACAGAGGAGACCAACCUUCCCAUAUUCUUCUAAGCUGUGGGAUUCCAUAUCAUGUGGCCACCAACGCUUUGAGGAUCAGUGUGGGUAGAUGUACCUCUCGUGAAGAUGUGGACAUUGUUGUGGAGGAUCUGAGAGACACUGUAGAGCAACUGGAGCGGAUGAACUAGCACCAUGGAUUUUUUUUUUUUUACCUGUCUAAUAUAUAUUUGAAUACAUGUAUGGUUAUUUAACUCCAACCAAAAAUGAGACGUUUUAAUGAAUGGUUUUAGUUAUGAGCUAUAGCUCAUGAGGCUCUGCACAUAAAUUAGAGGUGUAGAGUUUAGGAUUCAGGGUCAUCGUCAGGUUACAUUAUAGUUAUCUAGAAGCUCUUAUUUAGCAAAAUAUAAUAUCUAAUAUAAAUCUGAUUUGCUUUGCAAAUAGAUUAGAGGGUGUGUCAUGAGACGAGUUCAGGAUUCAGGGACAUUGUCAGGUUGCACUAUAUUGGAAAUUCAGGGAACUGAAGCUGAUAAAUGGUAAAAAAAAAAAAAAAAAAAAAUACUUUAAGCAGCUUGCAAAUGGAGGUGUGCAAUGUGUGAAGUCCAUAAAAAAUAAUUGCAAACUGAUUUCAUAGAGCAUGUCACAUUGAAAAACAUGUUUUGAGUGGUUUAUUCAUGUCACUGGGAAAUUAACCAACCACAGCAUAAAAUAUGAAAAUCAGCUUUCCAUAACAGG